AAGUUUUUGCUCUCUCUCUGUCAUUUCGGUCUUCUACAUUUUGUGUACGUUUUCGUGGUUUUCACGUUUCGUGUGCGAUCGAACCUUAUUUAUCGACCAAAACCAUUUUUUAGUUCAUCGCAAAUUUAGGAAUCGUAAUACAUUAUGGGUAAACCUCGUGGUAUUCGUACGGCACGUAAACAUGUGAAUCAUCGUCGUGUUCAAAAGUGGGCCGACAAAGACUACAAAAAAGCACAUUUGGGAACAAGAUGGAAGGCCAAUCCUUUCGGAGGAGCUUCUCACGCUAAAGGAAUUGUUUUAGAAAAAGUUGGAGUUGAAGCUAAGCAGCCUAACUCUGCUAUUCGUAAGUGUGUCCGAGUACAACUUAUCAAGAAUGGUAAGAAAAUCACAGCUUUCGUACCCAGAGAUGGUUGUUUAAAUUAUAUUGAAGAAAAUGACGAAGUAUUGGUAGCUGGAUUCGGUAGGAAAGGUCAUGCUGUAGGAGAUAUUCCCGGGGUUCGUUUCAAGGUAGUCAAAGUAGCAAAUGUUUCAUUACUUGCUUUAUACAAAGAAAAGAAGGAGAGACCAAGGUCUUAAAAACUUAAUUUUGUGGAUUUUUAUUAUUAUGAAUAAAUAAAAACAAUUUCUAAAAGUGAUA